CCUGUAAACAACCCAAAGUGGUAUCGUCCAUUCAUGAAUUCAACAUGGAGGCGCUGGUGGAGUGAAAUUGUUUGCUGAGAAAUUUUGACUCCGAUCCAGAGAAGAGGGGAAUCAUUGACAAGAGCAGAGGCAUCCACAAGCUGCGGCCCGAGCCUGUUGCUCCACCGCAGGGCAGCCAUGCGGACAGUUUGAACACCCCGGGAGGCGCUGCAUAUCCCCGCAGGAGUUUCCGCUCCUCUCCGCCCGCAGCGCCCAUUGAGUGAUAAUAAUUAGGCUGAUCGUUUGACUUGAACCGUUUCCAGCCAAUAGACCACCGCAGGGAUGGAGCCCCGGAGCAUCAGCGGGAUCUACAGCGAGUGCAGCGGCCUCCCUGCGCCUGUUUCCGCCGAGGUGACGGAGCUGCAGCUCGGGGACCGCCGGGGCUACACGGUGACUGCAGAGUGGAGUCAGAGCGAUCUGGUUCGAGGCUCCAGACUUCGCUUCAGCCGCCAGUGGACGCUGAUAACAGACAGCAACGACCACAAGACCAUCAAGACCGUCCUCCCACCAGGACCCUGUGUGCCUGUGUCUGGAGAGUUACUGAGCCGCUCCUCUCCCGUUCGAGGCCUCAGGGCCGUCGUCAGAGAAACGGCCGGCCACCAGCUUCUCGAGAUAUGGGACAGCCACGGCCUCAGCAAAUGCCUCGACCUGACCGCCCUGCACGCGCACGGCAGAGUGUACGAUGACGUCCAUUUUGGCUGUCUGUCGUGGUCGGAGUGUGAGACCAGGCUGCUGUACGUAGCCGAGAGGAACAGGAGCGCCUCGGCUGAAACACACGAUGGAGAGUCCGGUUGUGGGACGGACAGGAGUGUGUACUGUGAAGACUGGGGUGAGGGGCUGACCAAUAAGAGCGCCCCGGGGCUUUUUGUGGUGAAUCUGCAGAGCGGCACGGUCAGCGCGCUGCAGGGCGUCCCGCCGCACGUCUCCCCCGCACAGGCUCUGUGGGCUCCAGGCGGUCAGUCGGUGCUGUUUGUCGGCUGGUGGCAUGAACCCUUCAGACUGGGCCUGAGGUUCUGCUCCAACCGCAGAUCAGCCAUAUUCAAACUUGACCUGGACGGCCACUGUGAGUGUCUCUCAGAGGAAAACAUGUCGGUGUCGUGUCCCAGGCUCAGCCCGGACGGCACCACUCUGGUUUACCUGCAGGGCCGCGUCUUCGGACCGCACAACCAGUGCCGCAGUCUGCAGGAGUUUGACUGGGAGAGCAGGAGGACGUCCACGCUGCUGGAUGUUGUCAGCAGACCACAGACUGGUCUGUUUGCCGGUGUGUAUGAGGCUCUGCCGUCCUGCUGCUGGUCUGCAGACAGCCAGCGGGUGGUGUUCAGCAGCGCAAACAGGAACUGGAGGGACGUCUUUGUGGUUGACAGAAGAACAAAGAAAGUUUCCUGUCUCUCCGAUAGUAAGCCUCCACCCUCUCCUCCUCCUCCUCCUCCGCCACCUCCUCCUUUCUCCUCUUUUCUUCCUUUAUCUCUUUCCUGUGAUCUUUUCCCUCCUCCUCCCUCUCCUCUCUCACAUCCUCCCCUCUUCCCUCUUCCUCCUGACACUCCGCUGUCUCCACCGUCCCUGUCUCCUCCUCUUCCUCCCUCACCACUAUCCCCGAGUUUUCCUCCUUUCCCUCCCCCUCUUUCUCCCCUUUCUCCUCCUCCUCCUCCCUUUCCUUACUCUCAUCUUCCUCCUCUAGAUCCCCUUCCUCCUCCUCCACCUCCUCCCUCUCCUCUCCUCCGUCAUCAGGAGCACAAGAAAGAAGCGGAAGAUUUCCUGAACGUCUCGAGGUGUUACGGCUCUUGGAAGCUGCUGACAGUCAAGAGAGACUUGAUGGUCGUCUGCUGCUCCAGCCCCAACACACCACCAACACUGAGGGUGGGUUUCCUCCCCUCACCAGGUGACGCUGUGACCUGGCUAACUCUGCAGGAGCCAGCAGUGACCUUUGACCUCCACUGGAGAGUUCUGGAUGUCACACCUACACCAGAGGAAGACAACAUACAAUACUCUGGUCUAGAUUUCGGGGCUGUGCUGGUUAAACCCUCUCGUCCUCUCCAUGCAGCGAAGAUCCCUCUGGUCGUCUUCAUCCAUGGCGGUCCACACUCCCAGUUCCCUGCGGAGUGGAACGUCACCACGGCUGGACUGGCUAAACUGGGCUUGGCUGUGCUCAUGGUGAACUACCGGGGCUCCACAGGGUUCGGCCAAGACAGCAUCUUGUCCCUGAUUGGUCAGAUCGGUAGCCAGGAUGUGAAGGAUGUGCAGAGGGCCGUGCUCACCGUGCUGCAAAGAGAUGCGACCCUCGACCCCAAACGCAUGGCCGUGAUUGGUGGCUCCCAUGGCGGUUUCCUGUCCUGUCAUCUGAUUGGUCAAUACCCAGACUUCUACAGAGCGUGUGCAGCCAGAAACCCAGUCAUCAAUGCUGCUACUUUACUGGGAACCAGCGAUAUAGUGGACUGGCGUUACUCCAGUGUGGGGUUACAGUAUUCAUAUGACCAGAUACCCUCUGCUGAGGCCUUGGCUACCAUGCUAGAGAAAUCACCCAUCAUACAUGCUGCUCAGAUCAGGGCUCCUGUGUUGCUGAUGCUGGGAGGCAGAGACAGGCGAGUGUCUCCUCAUCAGGGUCUGGAGCUCUACAAAGUGUUGAAGAGCAGAGAUUCACCGGUCAGGUUGCUGUGGUUUCCAGAGGACGGCCACUCUCUGGCCAGAGUGGACACACAGGCGGACUGCUUCCUCAACACGGUGCUGUGGCUGCAACAGCACCUCUGAACACACACACACACACACACACGCACGCACGCACAUGGACUUUGUGGUGCAGCCAGCCCUGCUUCUGCUGCAGAGCAACACAAGAGGAUCAACGACUUUGUUUUGGCAAUCGACAAUCUUCAGCGAACCACUGCCUUUUUUCUAACGACAAAAAACUACCAGCCAACCAAAGUAUUUUCAAAUGUACUUCGUUUUCACGUCAGGUGUGUAAACAGUGUGUAAAACGCAAGAUCCAACAAGUAUUUGUUCUAAAAGUGUUUUCAUGUACCAGGCAUAAAUAAAGAUUUAUUUUGGA